UUUUAAAUCCAAUAUGGAGAAGAAAUUGUAAAACACUGUAGGCCUAACACGCGAUUCUUCUCUGGGGGUUAUUUCAAUAAAAAUUAAUAUGUCUAUUAGGAUAUUAAACAAUUACUGCAGACUGUUAGUGACAGGAUCAUGGAGAAGAUUAGCAACAUCAAGUAUUUGUCAGAAAGAAAAGGGUAGUGGUGAAAAUAAGAAACACAGAAAUGAAGAAAAUCCUAAGGGUGAAAUAGAGGAAGAAUUAAAGACAGCCGUGAAAUCAGUAGCCAAGUCAAUAGCAGGAGAUGCAGCACAGACAGAAAGUGAUCUACUUCAACAACUUUUGAAACAAACAAAACUAUCUAGUCCUUCUGUUUCCGAAGUUAAACCUACAACCACACCCACUUCAAGAGAUCUUCUGGUGAAUAUGACAGUUAAAAGAUUUACAGAAGAUCAAUUUGAAAAUAAUAAGGGAAAAUCAAGAAAUAAAACAACUAGAAAUAGUAAUGAAAAUAAUAGGACUGGACAACAAUCAAGACUUGUUAGAGAAGGUGCUAGAACAAAAUAUGAAUUAUUUGAAGGACCGGACUUGGGUAUAUUUGAUCCUCCGUCAAAACAAUCAGCCCCAGUUGCGCCUCGUGAAUAUGACAGAACAAAGACAUUAAGACAUAGAUUAGAAGAAGAAAUGCGUACUAAAUCAAGUACUCCACCAAGUAAUGCUUUUCAAGAAAUGAUAAGAUGGACAGAAGAUGGAAAACUGUGGUCAUUUCCUAUAGAUAAUGAAGCAGGUAUGAAGGAAGAAGCUAAAGUUGGAUUUCAUGAACAUGUUUUUCUAGAUGAUCAAAUCACAGAUUUUCCUAGAAAAGGUCCAAUACGUCAUUUUAUGGAACUAGUGGUUGUAGGUUUAUCAAAGAAUCCCUAUUUAUCUGUUUCUGAUAAACAUGAACAUAUUAACUGGUUCAGACAAUAUUUUAAAGACAAGGAUCCAGUGUUAAAAGAAAGUCUAGGAGAAGCUAGUAAAUUCUUGGAAACGGGACAAAAAAUGUGAACAGUCAUGUGUGAAUAAAGUGUGUCAAAUAUGAAAUAUGGUCAAUAUAAAAUGUAGUGUCAUAAAUA